CAUAGGAUCAAAAGAGUUAACUAUGGCAAAGCAGUCAUCUGAGCUGGCCAUUGAAGAACUGAAGAAGCUUCUCAGAGAGAAGGAGGAACUUGAUGGGGUUGCAGCGCCAAAAAUUGAGGAGCUUAUAGCUGAGUUAAAAGGAUGUAAUGUGUGUCCAUUUGAGCCUCCAGUACAGAGAAUCAUAGACGGAUUCACUUACUUCAAGCGCAACAAUUUCGACAAGAACCCCGAUCUGUACGCAGAACUUGCUAAGGGACAAAGCCCUGAGUAUCUGAUAUUUGCUUGCUCUGACUCUCGAGUGAGUCCCACUACAAUCCUGAACUUCCAACCUGGGGAUGCUUUCAUGGUCCGCAACAUUGCAAACAUGGUUCCUCCAUUUAAUCAGCUAAGGUACAGUGGAGUUGGUGCCGCCAUUGAGUAUGCUAUCACGGCUCUUAAGGUGCCAAAUAUUCUGGUAAUUGGACACAGUCGCUGCGGCGGAAUAAAAAGGCUUAUGAGUUACCCAGAAGAUGGUUCUGCUCCCUAUGACUUCAUAGAUGAUUGGGUGAAAAUUGGUUUGCCUGCCAAACUCAAGGUCCUGAAAGAAUAUGAUGGCUAUGAUUUCGAUGAACAGUGCAAAUUCUGUGAAAAGGAGUCGGUGAAUAACUCGUUAGUGAAUUUGAGGACAUAUCCAUAUGUUGAAAGUGGAAUAAGGAACAACAGCAUAGCACUGUUCGGGGGUUACUAUGAUUUUGUGAAGGGAGAAUUCCAGCUUUGGAAGUUCGAGUCUCACAUCACUAAACCCAUUACCAUCCCUCUCUGUGACCAUGAGUAA